AUGUCUGUAAAGUCUAAAGAAAAUAUUCUUGUAGAAGAAGAAGGAGAAGGAGGAGAACAGUGGGUUCCUGUCCUGCAAGUAUUCCCAAAGUAUACUUCCAUGUAUGAAGUGGUAAAAUCCCGUGAUCAGUAUGGUACCACGUUACUGCAUGAUCUCUUGCAGUUACAACCACAAGAUGCAUUUGUACUCAUGAAACCCAUUCCUGUAAGUCCUAUUACACCAGUUACACCUAACACAAUGAUAAUGCCUUUAAAAGAUCAUAUAUUUCCAUUUGCAAUGGCAUGGCCUUUUACUAUUACUAAAGGAACAACGGAUGUAAAUGGCAUCCUCGCACAUGGGGCACUUCUUACCCUUACGGAUAUGUUUACAUCUCUACAUCUUAUGUUGGCACUUCUACCACAAUUUCUUGGUCAUGUUUCUGUGUCUAUACAGUGUAAUACGGUACAGCCUAUGCGAGAAGGAGAAACGAUAGUGGCUAUUACACAUGUGGAUAAGAUAGGAAAACGUCUCUUGUUUUCUAGUGUGGAGUUCUUAUCGGCUACUACUUCCUUAACAGGAUUAGAAGAGGGUGAACGUAUGGAUGUGAUUAAAACAGCCAUUCAAAACCAGAAGGUAUGUGCUAACGCAAAGCAUGUGAAGUCUAUACUAGCACCACCACCAACAGCAUCGACUGGUGAAAAGAAGGAAUAA